UAUUUUUCAAAUUUUGGCAAUAAGCAAAUAUGUCAAUUUAAAAAAGAUUAAAAAAUCGAUAUGGAAUAUUGGCAAUAUUCAUAAAAUGAAUUUCAUUAUAAGCUGAACUAACAGGCAGUGAAUGUUUUACUGCUACAAGAUAAACCAUACUCGAUGAAUAUAGAAGACAAAGGCUCAAAAUAUUUAUAAAUACCAAUAAAAGAAAUAAGUUUUUUAACAUGGAUUCGUGCAACAACAAUGAAGAUACAGCUAAUGGAACGAAUGUUAUCGAUGACUUGCUUUGUGAUAUAGCUGGUGAAAUUAAGGAGGUAUGUUUUCAAAAAAGAGUAGAGAGAGGAAACUUCUCGGGUGAGAUCUCAUUCAGUUUGGAUGAUAUAAUCAGUGCUGCAGUCAAUAAAAUAUUUGAGGCAUGUAAACUAUCAUUAACGGAUGACGGUUUUAAAAGAAAUUCUCCAUGUGGAAAUGUUAACACAGAAUCAACUUUUACCAGAUUAAAAGCGGCAGGUGCACCGCCGUUUGCUGAGAACAACUGCAAACCACCUCAAUCGAAGAUUUGUUGUAGUGCUGGAAGAGGAAAGCCAUGGAAUUAUUUGUCCUUUUCAGAGCCCUCAAAAGAUAAUUGCAGUUGGUGUGAACAGGUUGCUGCCCCAGUUCCUACUUACUAUCCACGCAGUCAAUCAUGUCCGCCAUCAAGACCUCCGCAAAGACCGCAACCAAGACCUCAAGCAUGUCCUCAACCAAGACCUCAAUCAUGUCCUCAAUCAAGACCUCAACAAAGACCUCAACCCAGGCCUCAAACAUGUCCUCAAUCACCAUUUCAAGGUGCUGCCCCAGUUCCUUCGUACUAUCCACGCAAACCACCAUGUCCUCAACCAAGACCUCAAGCUAGUGCUCAACAAUGUCCUCAACCAAGACCUCAAGCUGGUGCUCAACAAUGUCCUCAACCAAGACCUCAAGCUAGUGCUCAACAAUGUCCUCAACCAAGACCUCAAGCUAGUGCUCAACAAUGUCCUCAACCAAGGCCUCAACCAAGGCCACAACCAAGACCUCAAUCAUGUCCUCAACCAACUACGGCACAAAACUCAGCAGGGUCGAAGCUGUGCUGCAACCAGGGUAGAGGAAAGCCAUGGAAUUAUAUGUCCUUUUCUGAGCCUUCAAAAGAUAAUUGCAGUUGGUGUGAACAGGUUGCUGCACCAGUUCCUUCAUACUAUCCACGAAGACCACAACCAAGACCUCAAGCAUGCCCAGAAGUGCAAAAUCAAAUUGUAAAAUGUAACAAACACUUCUCACGGUCUUCAACGGAAGUAUAUAAUUCCUUGCGCGACCAAUUCUUCUGUUUUGAAAAAUCAAGAGCACUUGGUGCCAAUCUUGAGCUCACUGAACGUGAACUUGAAGCGAAUGAAAUUAUAAUGGCAGCCAAAAUGCAAGAAUUGGAAAAAGGAGUAAUUACGCCACAUAUGUUCAGUCCAUCUCAGCAUUUUUUUAGUGUUCUAGACCAAAUUCAUGAGUCACCUUUAUUUGAAUUUAUGUCAAUAAUGCCAAAAGGUGGAGUAUUGCACGCACAUGAUAUUGCAUUGUGCAGUACAGAUUAUUUGCUCGAACUGACAUAUCGUGAAAAUUUGUGGGCUUGUAUGGCUGGUGAUGGUUGUGAAGCAGUUGCAUUGAAAUUUUCUAAACAAAAACCUAAGGAUAAAGUGGCUAAAGAUUGCAACUGGGAAUUGUUGUCAAGUGUACGCAAAAAGCGUGGGGCAGAAGCAAUGGAUGAAUAUCUGAGUGAUCGUUUCACAUUAUAUCCAACUGAAAAAUAUACAGAUAUUAACGAGGUGUGGAUGGCAUUUAUGAAUAUAUUUGGUUUACUGGAUGGUUUGAUGAUGUAUGCACCCGUUUGGGGAGAUUAUUACUAUAAUGCAUUGAAAGAGUUCAAUGAAGAUGGUGUGCAAUAUUUGGAAUUUAGAACAACAUUACCUCAACUUUAUGAUAUGGAUGGUAAAAAAUACACUGAAUUAGAUACUGUAAAAAUUUACAAGGAUACUUUAGAUAAAUUUAUGAAAGAUCACCCUGAUUUCAUUGGUUCAAAAUUAAUUUAUGCUCCUUUACGAAACGUGGAUGAUGCUGCUUUUGAUAAAUAUAUUUGCACCUGCAUUGAAAUUAAGGAAAAAUAUCCAGAUUUUGUAGCUGGCUUCGAUGUAGUAGGACAGGAAGAACUUGGACGUCCACUUAGGGAUUUCGUACCGCAAUUAUUAAACGUGCCAAAUAAUAUUGAUUUCUACUUUCAUGCUGGUGAAACUAACUGGUUUGGUACAUCCGUCGAUGAAAAUGUUAUUGAUGCUGUUCUUCUGGGAACAAAACGUGUAGGACAUGGUUUUGCUUUAGUCAAACAUCCAUUGGUUUUGCAAAUGUUAAAGGAAAGAAAUAUAGCCAUCGAAAUAAAUCCAAUAUCGAAUCAAGUGUUACAACUUGUAGCAGAUCUUCGAAAUCAUCCAUGUGCAUUCUACUUUGCUAACAACUAUCCAGUAGUUAUAUCUUGUGAUGAUCCAUCAUUUUGGAAAGCAAGUCCACUUUCACAUGAUUUCUAUAUGGCAUUUUUGGGUAUUGCAUCUGCUCACUCCGAUAUACGUCUACUUAAAAAACUUGCAAUGAACUCAUUGCAAUAUAGUGCUUUGAAAGGCGAGGAGCAGAUAACAGCCAUGGGUAAAUGGCAAAAAAAGUGGGACGCUUUCAUUGAACAAAUAAUAACCUGUUAUUAAAGUUAUGGGUCAAGUAAUUCUUUCUUUAGAUAAAUCGGUUAAAUUGACUUUUAUGAGUACUAACAGAAUUAUUGUAAAGAUUAUAAAUGACUAUAUACAAUUUGCAAACGCUGACGUUGAUACAAAUAUUGACGUUAUAAUAAUUUCACUAUAUAAAUAAGAGUUUCAAGACUAAACUAAAUAUAAUUAAAUGUAUAUAUAUAUAUAUAAAUGUGUAUAUCAAUAUACCGUGCUAUUGAUCCUCACGAUAAAUCAUUGCUGA